UCAUACGACCGCAUCUUCUUUAAACUUUUGGUUAUAAAAAAAAACCCAGCUAUCUCUCUCGCUCUCUCCCGAAAGAAUGGCCUGCAUCCCUCUCCUCCGCCUCUCAGCCACCGGUAACCUGAGUUCACGGUCGGGCCUCUUCCUUGAGCCGCAUGUGGUUCAACCCAAACUCAUACGGGCCGCACCAGCGAAGCGGAGCAGGAGCGGGAGCAGCACCAUCACCCGCAUGUCGUACAACCCAACCCCAGCCACAGAUCGGUUAAUCUCAGCCGUGUCUUACACCCUCCCCUUCUUCAACUCCCUCCAGUACGGCCGCUUCCUCUUCCUCCAAUACCCACCUCUCGGCUCCCUCUUCGACCCUCUUCUCCCUCUCCUCUCCCUCUACAGGUCCAUCCCCUACUCCUCCUUCGUUGCCUUCUUUGCCCUCUACCUCGGCGUCGUCAGGAACCCCAGUUUCAGCCGCUACGUCAGGUUCAACUCUAUGCAGGCCGUUACUCUAGACGUGCUCCUCGUGCUGCCCUUGUUGCUCCAGCGAGUUCUCAGCCCAGGCCGCUCCGGCGUCGGCUUCAGGGUCAUGGUCUGGGGUCACAACGUGCUGUUUGUGUUCAGUGUCUUGUGCUUUGUUUAUAGCUUCGUGUCUUGUGUUCUCGGGAGGACCCCGUACCUGCCAUUCGUUGCUGAUGCUGCUGGUAGGCAGAUCUAGUUUUGUUUGUAAUCUUGGGCGUUCCUUCCAACAUCGUUUCCUUUGUUUUGUUGAGUUGAGAUCCAGGAGAUUUGUUGUUAUUUUGGUUAAAUAUUAUGCGUUUUAGGUUUUUCAAUGCAAUUAUGGAAAAUUGUAUGCUUGGUGUU